AUUUUUGCAACAAGGAACUGUAUAUUUGUAACAGCGAGGCAUGAAGGCAGUCCGUCCGGUGAAGUCUAUCUCAAUUCAAGGCUAGGAAGCAUGAAGUGAAGACACGGCGGCAUUAUGCUUUGCAAUCACGUCCAACCUCACUCCAGACUCACUCCGAAAGUCUGCUCUCGGGCUACAACUUUCCCUCUCGCUCUUUCGUUCUUCACGGCCGGGUUUUGAUAAGCGCAGCGAGUCAAGAUAAACAUGCCCCACAUGCAAAACAUUUCCCAGCGGCAUAUUUCGCAACUCAUUGGCACAUGAUCUGGUAUCGGACGAAGACGAGACCUCCGUCAACAACAAAACACAUGUGCGAGUUGAUCUGGCGGCUCGUGAGAGCGAACGGAUGGCAAAUCCGGUGGUCCCCAGCACGGGACGAACGAAGGGAGCGAGUCAGGGAAGGAAGCAAACGAAAGGAAAGCAAAGGAAAGCAGAAGAGGGGCACUCGUAGGGUCGCCAUGUGGAAAAGUCAUGACGAUGGAUGGUGCAUCGCCCGAUUGGAUGAGCAGAUGGAACCAUGUUGCAGCCACUGAUUGGAAGAUGACAAGGAGCCAUGUCACAUGUGCUGUAUUCUGUACCAUCAUCCCGAAAAUCUAUUUUGAAAAAGGUUCUAUCUUUU